AUGCGUUCGGAGAAAUUUGACCACGCCCUAACCGUAGUAGAUGGAGGUCUCGGACUUCCAUGGAUGUCGAGCAUAACUGCCAGUUUCAGGUCAGCAUCUAGGUUAGGU